AUGUCGGAGUCCGAUGGCAAUACUGGUUUCAUGAGUUGUCAAUUGAAAUUGGAUACCAGCACCCCUGGAUGGCAUAAGACCAUGACCAAAGUUUUGAGCAAAAUCAAGGGGGUGUCUUACACCAUUGAUGCACAAGCCGGGAUUGCGCAUGUUUCGGGCACAAUCGAGCCGGACGCCCUUCUCAAGUUAUUAUCAAAAUCAGGGAAGCAUGCAGAGCUGCUUAGGAUUGACUCAGGAUAUAAGCAUCAGUUCUACACGGCAAAGCCUGUUGCUAAUUACAGAAACGGACAGGGUUAUGGGCAGGGUUAUUAUAAUAAUCAUGAUUAUGGAUAUUAUAAUCCCAAUGGAACAGGUAAUUCCUACCAUACAGCAACAGAUCCCUACCAUCAGCAGCGGUACUACCCUAAUUAUUAUGAGCGGACGGCGCAACCGCUGAGUUUUCCACAGCCACCUCCGCGGAUGGAGAUUCACCCGUUUUAUGAUCCGGACACCCAAUGCACCAUCAUGUGA